AUGUCUGGAAACGAGAACCCCGGAAACUUUGCCAAUCGCCCCACGGAAGAAGUUCAGGAGAUUGCGUCAAAGGGAGGACAGGCAAGUUCCGGUGGCUUUGCUACUAUGGAUCCUGACAAGCAGAAGAGAGACAUAGCAUCACAGGGAGGUCAGGCCUCAUCUGGCUCGUUUGAACCCGGAAGCAAGAAAGCGCAGGAGGCGGGUAGGAAGGGUGGCUCGAAGUAA